CUCACCAGGAGCUGAAUGCUACGGGUGGUCAGAUGAUCAGUGGACCUUCAACUCCACGACAGAUGACCUACGGGAGAAACAAGAACGGGUUCCCGUCGGUAGUGCUUUACCAAUGAACCAGUGAGCCUCCAGCUUCGAAAAAGAGGAGCUGGUCGACGUGACGCAUAGACAAUCGGAAACAGUACACGGCCGCGCGGUCAUAUACUACGUCGGAACUAUGUUGUACACCCGGACCUUGAUCAAGACAGUCCACUUUAGCUACCAAGGAUGUCGACGAAGCACGAGGACUCAGUGAUCGAAUCGCCGACUACGCCAGAAGUCGACGAGAAAGGGAUUGUCGACGCGGUUGAGUCGACAUGCUCCUCGGAUGAGCUAAAUCCUAUCCCCGACGGCGGCCUGUGGGCUUGGAUGGCUGUCCUAGGAGGAUCGUGUACCACGUUCUGUACCUUUGGAUUUUCCACCUCAUUCGGGGUAUUUCAAGACUACUUCGUUCAAGCGGGUGCCGGUACGUCAUCCGAUAUCAGUUGGAUUGGCUCUUUGCAACUCUUCCUACUCUUUGGGAUGGGUAUCCUUUCCGGAAGAUGGUUCGACCAAGGGUACUUCCGGCAUGAGUUCCUUGUCGGCUCGUUCCUCAUCCUCCUAUCAGUGUUCAUGCUUUCCAUCUGCGACCCGAGCCAAUACUACGGGCUGGUACUAACACAAGGUCUUCUCAUGGGCGUCGGCUGCGGCUUGACCACGACCCCUGCACUCUGCCUUCAGUCGCACUAUUGGAAGAAGCGGCGUGCACUCGCUCUCGGGCUUGUCCAAGCAGGCUCGUCGUGUGGUGGCGUUGUGAUGCCGAUCAUGCUCAACAGACUGUUCAACGGCCCGGCGGGAUUUGCAUGGGGCACGCGCGCAGUUGCCUUUCUCAUGCUUGUCCUUCUCGUAGUCGCAAAUUGUAUCAUGAAGACUCGUCUCCCUGGUACGAAGAAUAAAACCGGAGGUCAAGUGCCGAUCAAAACCGUCAUGGUAGAUCCGCCGUAUAUACUGACGGUAAUCGCCACCGUUAUAUUCUUCUUCGGGAUGUACUUCCCUUACUUCUACCUCCAACUCUGGGUGCGUCUGCAUGGCAUGUCUGAGGACCUCGCCUUCUACACGAUAUCGAUCCUCAACGCCGGCUCUGUGUUCGGGCGAAUCAUUCCCAACUUUGUCGCCGACUACGUGGGGCCAUACAACAUGAUCAUCCCGAUCUUCUACUCUUGUGGGAUCCUCCUCUUCGCGAUGUUCGGUGUGACGAACGUACCCGCGGUUAUCAUAUUCAGUAUCUUGUACGGCUUUGCCACUGGAUCAGCCAAUGCGCUAAUUCCUCCCGCUAUGGGAAUCCUCGCACGCACCGAGGACGAGACAGGACUUCGCAUCGGCAUGCUCUUCUUCGCAACGUCAUUCCCGAUUCUAGUAGGAACGCCCAUCGACGGCGCGCUUCUCGGGUCCGACAACACGUACUGGUAUAAAGCCAUCAUUUUCAGCGGGAUCGUGAUGCUUGUGGGUGCAUCGCUGUUGGUCCCUGCUAGGCAAAUGACAGUCAAGCGACGAGGAACGCAAUUGACUUGAGCUCUAACUGACUGGCGAGCUCCGCGAAUCUGCGAUGAUUAAUCGAUGUAUACAGAGCGUCGCUAUAAAGCGAACGAGCUGUAGUCUUGAAAUGCCGAAAUCCAAUAUUGCUGUUCAAGCCCGAGCCAUGAAAGCAUGGGAUCCAGACGUUGGCCGGUGGUCUUCAUGCUUCUCAACUGAGCUAUCGGCAACUGCGG